AUGUAUAGCGAGGUUCCCCAAAAUUUCAUGGAGUCGCCGGAGCUUAGAGGCGCUGCGCCCUCAAAUUACUCCACAGCGAGUGGACCUUCUGCGACAUCCUCAACCAUUGGUUCCCCAAAUUCAAACAACGGGCAUAUGGUGUCAGUAUCAGAGUGGGGAUCUGGACUCGGCAUUAAUCCAAGUAUCGUUAAUUACGAUAACUUUGGUCAAGGAACCGACUACAACUUCUCUGCAGGUAUGGAAGACUUUACUGUAGAUUUCAAUUCGGCCAAACCAGGCUUUGUUGACCCAUCUAUCCUACACGCUCCAUUCUCUGCCACUCGCCCAACAUCCGCUGUUGGACAAGCUGAAUUAUCUCCUUAUCAAGCACCCAUGUACCCUACAUCUCCAUCACCAUCUCAACUCUCUUCAAGAAGUCCUGGACCUGCCAAGGCCGAUAGCGCCAGCCCUUAUCUAGGCUCUCAAUAUUAUCCAUAUCCACCACCAAUGGUUAGACGACCAUCUUUGACGAUUUCCCAUCAAUCAUACGGUUCUCAAGACGGUAACUUCAGUGGUGAAGAUUCAAAAGAAAAGGGCCGUUGCACUUGGCCAGAGUGUGGGAAGGUCUUCAAAGAUCUUAAAGCCCACAUGUUAACACAUCAAAAUGAGCGCCCGGAAAAAUGUCCCAUACAGACAUGUGAUUACCACGUUAAAGGUUUCGCUCGCAAAUACGAUAAAAAUCGUCACACCUUGACCCAUUACAAAGGGACAAUGAGACAUCUUACUUCAGUACAUGCUGUGGAGCAAACUCCACCAAAUAGCCGCAAGAAGACUUCCGGAAACAUCAACAGUGGAAAGAAACUCUCUGGAUAUGCACCAGAUGCUACCGGAAAGUGUUCUACCUGUUCCGCUACCUUUAGCAAUGCUCAAGACUUCUAUGAGCAUCUUGAUGACUGUGUUCUUCGCAUUGUUCAACAAGAGGAACCAUCCGAGGCGAUAAAUGCUCGUCGCCUUGCAGAGGUCGAACAAGAUCACGAUGUUCACGAAACCCUCCGCAACAACGCCCUCCCAGUCACCACCAACAUUUACCCAACAGCCGAGGACGAGGACGAUGAAGAAGUCGACGAUGAAAACGAUGAUGAUUACACCAUUCGCACUCGUACAUCAAGGAAAGGUCGCCAAAACCGCAAUCCUGUCAACGGUGUCCAAAAGUCUAGAGGAAUGACACACUCCAAAGGUGGAGUCACUCUAAAUACCAAGGGCCGCAAGAAGCGCAAGGACUAUCCUUCAUCGUGGGGAUGUCCUACAUCUCAAAUGAAGAUGAAGAAGCGCGUUCUUACCGUCUUUGAUGGACCCCGUCGUCUCUGGAAAGAUGACAUGAUGCUUGAUACCGACUAUGAGGUUCGCAUCAAGCUUGGCGAUGAAAAAGCCUACGUUACCGAUCUGGAUGUGCAAACUUUGAGGAGAGCAGAGGCUUUUCACAAUGCUACGGAUGAGGAGAAGGGUCCCUGGAUCGCGGAUGAUUUGACGGGCAUGGAUUUGGAGAAGUUGAUGGAGGUUAAGAGGGAGAUGUAA